AUGAUCAACUACACGGUAAAGCUCCUGCAAGUCGUCGAAGAGAUGCGAGCGGCGGCCCGCACGCCGGGCGUCAAACUCAAACCGGGGAACCAAGACCCCUUCUCGCUGCCGGAUCCCAGCGCUCUCCUCAGCAUCAACUCCAAAGUGGACGACCUCUUCACCGACAUGCCCGCGCACCUACGCGUAGAUGCCGAUUACUCUAAGCUGCCUCUUAACGAGGACCAAGUGAAAUUCUUUCAAUCCCAAAGUCACGCACUUCGCUUCCGGCUGUUGCUCUUCAGGGUCUUCCUCCUCCGACCAUCCCUUCUCGCCGAGGCGCAACGGUGGGCCACGCGAAAGUCCGGCCCGGUGCAAACGGCAGCGUUGAAGUUUCAAGAGCGACUCCAUUAUGAAAUAUGCAAUCUCUGCUUGGAGACGGUACACAAAAUGCUGGAGGAGAUACACGCGACUCUGGCGACAAGCGGAGGCGUCUCCGCGUGGUACGCGUUGCAUUUUACUUUUGCGUCAGCUACCACUCUUCUCGUGGCUACGCUUUCCCCGCGUCUUGGUGUGUCUCUGGAAACGGAACCGACCAAGUCCUCCUGGGAUCGCGCCAUGGGCAUUCUCGAUUUCCACAAAUCCUAUGUCGUAUCCGCAUCGCGAGGCAUUGACGUGCUCCUGCGCUAUCGGCAGUCUAUCACCAUGCGCAGUAGCGGAUCGUUGGGCCUUCCGCCCACGAUGACGCAAGAAAUGGCCGACAUGGAAGUUCCCCCCUCAUCGUCAUACCUGUUGCAGGCCCAGCAAAACCAGCAACCCCAGCAACCCCAGCAACCAUAUCCGCACACCCAGUCGUGGGACCAACAACAUGCGAUGCCUACCCCGCCGAUGAUGGGGACGUGGAUGAUGGAUGGAAUCGAGUUCGGGAUGGAGGAAUUAGGCGACGCCUGGCUGACGACAACACAGGACUGGGGCCAUCAGGACUGGGUCUUGGCACAUCUCCAGGGUACUACUGGGACAUAG